ACAGCCGGAAGUUUCUGUCCGUGGGUUCGCCGAGCGAGAUAAACUGAGACGUGGGUUGCCGCUGGAGUUCCCAGGUGUGGAUCCCGGAGACUGGUGAGGCAGGGAGGACGGUGCGACCGUCAGGGACACCCGCGCGGGGAGGCGGAGAACACAGGCGGAACCCAGGCCUGGUACUGAUCCUUGAUCUCGGGGGGUGCUCCCCCAUCUCUCAGGCGUGAUGGCUACGGGCGCGGAUGUACGGGACAUUCUAGAACUCGGUGGUCCAGAAGGAGAUGCAGCUUCUGGGACCAUCAGCAAGAAGGAUAUCAUCAACCCGGACAAGAAAAAGUCCAAGAAAUCCUCGGAGACGCUGACUUUCAAGAGGCCCGAGGGCAUGCACCGGGAGGUCUAUGCUUUGCUCUACUCUGACAAGAAGGAUGCACCCCCACUACUGCCGAGUGACACUGGUCAGGGGUAUCGCACAGUGAAGGCUAAAUUGGGAUCUAAGAAGGUUCGGCCGUGGAAGUGGAUGCCAUUUACCAACCCAGCUCGAAAGGAUGGCGCUAUGUUUUUCCACUGGCGACGAGCAGCAGAGGAGGGCAAAGACUACCCUUUUGCCAGGUUCAAUAAGACGGUGCAGGUGCCCGUGUACUCAGAGCAGGAGUACCAGCUCUACCUUCACGAUGACGCAUGGACUAAGGCAGAGACUGACCACCUCUUCGACCUCAGCCGCCGAUUUGAUCUGCGCUUUGUAGUUAUCCAUGAUCGGUAUGACCACCAGCAGUUCAAGAAACGUUCUGUAGAGGAUUUAAAAGAGAGGUACUACCAUAUUUGUGCCAAACUUGCCAACGUCAGGGCUGUGCCGGGCACAGAUCUCAAAAUACCAGUAUUUGAUGCUGGGCAUGAGAGACGGCGGAAGGAACAGUUGGAGCGGCUUUAUAACCGGACCCCAGAACAGGUGGCAGAGGAAGAGUACCUGCUACAGGAGCUUCGUAAGAUCGAGGCCCGGAAAAAAGAGCGGGAAAAACGCAGCCAAGACCUGCAGAAGCUGAUUACAGCAGCAGACACCACUGCAGAGCAGCGGCGCACAGAACGCAAGGCCCCCAAGAAAAAGCUACCCCAGAAGAAGGAGGCUGAGAAGCCGGCUGUUCCUGAGACUGCAGGCAUCAAGUUUCCAGAUUUUAAGUCGGCAGGUGUCACACUGCGGAGCCAGCGCAUGAAGCUGCCCAGCUCUGUGGGUCAGAAGAAGAUCAAGGCGCUGGAACAGAUGCUGCUGGAGCUUGGAGUAGAGCUGAGCCCCACCCCCACGGAGGAGCUGGUGCAUAUGUUCAACGAGUUGCGGAGUGACCUGGUGUUACUCUACGAGCUCAAGCAGGCCUGUGCCAACUGUGAAUAUGAGCUACAGAUGCUGCGGCACCGGCAUGAGGCCCUGGCUCGGGCAGGAGUGCUGGGGGGCCCUGCCACACCAGCAGUGGGACCAACCCCAGCCUCUGCUGAGCCAGCAGUGUCUGAAUCUGGACUUGGCCUUGACCCCACCAAGGACACCAUCAUUGAUGUAGUGGGUGCACCCCUCACACCCAAUUCGCGGAAACGACGGGAAUCCGCCUCCAGCUCAUCUUCUGUGAAGAAAGCCAAGAAACCAUGAAGGGGCCGCUAGGGUUGGGGUGUGGUGUAAACAGAGCUGUUACACUGAC